UUAUGUCCAAGCACGUGUUUCUCACGGGACCCCCAGGGGUUGGAAAGACUACUUUGAUCCAGAAAGUCACUCAAGCUCUAAAAUCCUCAGGCGUUCCCAUUGAUGGAUUUUACACACAGGAAGUUAGAGAAGGUGGCAGGAGAACAGGAUUUGAUGUUGUCACUCUGUCUGGAAACCGAGGACCUUUAUCUAGAGUCAGUCCCAGUUCUGAUUCUUCUGCUUCAAGACGUGAAUACCGGGUUGGACAAUAUGUUGUAGACCUUGUUUCAUUUGAGCAGUUGGUUCUGCCUAUGCUGAGAAAUGUAAACCAUGGUGGUGACACAGAGAAAAAAAUUUGUGUCAUAGAUGAGAUUGGUAAAAUGGAACUCUUCAGCCAGGCUUUUAUUCAAGCUGUUCGUCAAACGCUGGCUGGCUCAGGGACUGUGGUGCUUGGAACUAUUCCAAUACCUAAGGGAAAGCCACUGGAUCUUGUUGAAGAAAUAAGAAGUAGGAAAGAUGUGAAAGUGUUCAAUGUUAGUAAGGAAAACAGAAACAGCAUUUUGCAAGACAUCUUGGCAGCUGUGGAAUCCUGCAGAAAAUGAAGACCUUUUUUGUCCUGUAAACACUAAAGCUUUCAUUUCAACAAAACAUUACAACAUUUUGUGGAUGGUUUAGAGUCUGUCCUUCCUGGUUUUGCCCCCUUGAGGCUUUACUGGAGCCUUCAGGGUAAGCAGAGUAAAGCUGGUAAUACUCUAAAAUGGGAUGUCAGGAUUGUAAUGUAUUCAGUUCACUGAAAUGAAAAAAAAUGAACAGAUGUGUAGCUAACAUCCAGUUCUAAUCUGGGAGUUUGGAAGUUAGAUGGUCAGCUCAGAUCCAAGUUACAUGUGAGAACAACUAACUGUAAAAUCUGUUUGAGAUGUUAGUCUUUCUGAGUGUGUUCAGAUCAAUUCAAUAUCUGCACCAUAGCCCUGGUGCAACAGAACAGAAUCCUGUCCAAAUGUAGAUGAGCCCUGCCUGGUUAUGUAGGAGUGUAGCUGUUGGUGACGCAGCUUAGGUGUAUUGAGGUGUGUUUUAGCAUGGCUGCUGACAAAUCAGCAGGUAGAGGGAAUAAGCAGAUGUGCUCUCUCCUCCUACCCCUAGGCACCCCUGUCUGCAGUUGCAGUAUAAGGAGGGUUUUCCAGAGUUUCAAGGAAAUGAGUGCCAUUUAAAGAAUUCCAUUUCAGUAGGAAAAAUAGCCAAAUCUACCCUCUCUUACAUGGUCCAGACACUAAUUGAUAAGAGGACUGCAUUUUGAAUUAAUUUUCAAUUUUCUGGUGGCAGUCUUGUCCCAUACCCCAUUACAAAUAAUAUAUAUAUAAAUGUUCAAGUCCAUGAAGUUAAUCAAAUCUUGUGUUUUUCAUGCUGGGUUUGUUAAGUCAUGAUUGCAUUUGUCUGUAUUAAUUUUACAAUCUGUUAUGUUUAUUGAUACUUAUGUUUGUUUGGGUUUUUUUGCCUUAUUCAAUUCUGUACAUGGUUAGUGGUGAAAUAAGAAGUGUUUGAGAAUAUUAGACAUUGUGUUUCCCUGUGAGGAGUGCAAAUGUGUUCAGCAAAACUGCUGCCAGUUAUAAUCAGUUUUGCAUGUUUGAAAACAGAAUUCCCUCCCAGGUUCACACUGUUCAUUGUAAAAUUUAUGGUCAUCUCUGGCUGAAGAAAGUUGUUAAAAAUUCAGUUGUUUCUUAACUUUUUUUCUGUUCAGUUCAAUGAUUGUUAAAAUGAGCAAACUAUUUAAAGGUAUCUUCAAGAAUGAUUUUAUUGAUUUAUUUCUGUAAAACUGACACCCAGAGUUGUAUAGGGCUGGAUGAGGACAGGUAUUUUUACACACACCCUGCAAACACCUCCUAGGAGCAUAGAGGGAAUGUCCUUUAUCCUUCCUGUAUGCAGAACAAGGGUCUGGUACAAGCAUUGCACCUCCACAGGUGGUAGGAAGUGCAUGCCAUGUUAAAGGAUGCCAUGGGCUCAUUCCCUCACUGCCUUGUUAGGACUACCCAUCUGCCCAAAUCCAUUUAGAUGGUAGUACUGUCUUCAUCAUGUUUGGGGAAAAAGAAGACUCCUCUUAGGGUCUCCACUUGGUAAUGUACAGCUCGUCGCUGCUGUUUGCAAAAUAAGGUUGUGCUCCAAAGGCACACUAAUCCCGUAAUUACUGCAGGCAUUCUACUCAGACAAAACACCUUUUUAGAUAUCGAGGACUUGGGGCCAAAGUAAACUUUGUCAGGGCUGUGUGCCAGAGGUUUUUGAACAGAAACCUCUCUGCAGCUAAGUCUUGGAUGCCCUCCUGUUUCAAUGUUAAGUCUCUUAAGCUGUAAGAUAUGCUGCAAAAGAAUAGUUCUUUCAAUGAUUAAAGAGUUAUCCAAAAUCUAGCACAGUUUUAGUGGGACUGCUGUUGAGUCUUAAAUGAGGAGCAACCUUUAAAGCUAAAUAAAAAACUGAGAGAUUUAACAUUUCUCUGGUAGAGGCCGAAGAGGGGAGUUCUAUUAGGAGUCAGUCUUCUGAAUUCUGGUUCAGUCAGUAUUGCUGAGAGAUCACUUAAAGUGGUGUUUAUUCCCCAUAAAAGUAGAUAUAUUGCCCUGCAUGUAGUGCCAUGAUGCCUGUUGUAGUCCCAUCAUUUAGUACAGUGGGAAGAAAAACAACCCCAAACAAUUACAACAAGAAGUUAGGAAAACUUUUGAUCAGUGCCUAUAGUACUUUUAAUCCAUUGUCUCAUGGUUUUGUAGUGACGCUAGAUAGUCACUAGAAAAUGCAGGUGGAUUUUUCCUUCUCUGGAACUCUGAGUAAAAUAUCAGCCCUUUUAAACUAAUGCAUAUUUUUGCUACUGACAUCAGUGUAUCUUGUUUUCUGCUACCUAUCUCAAGAUUGGUGUCAUUAAUUUGUUGUUCUUUUUUAAGCCUGUUUUCUCUCUGAGCUAGAGUGCUUUUCAAGAGACAUAAAGAGAGAUUCUGUGAUCUGUGUUCAGCAGAAUGUAGAUGACCUUAACAGUCAUGUCUGGCCUUUAAAUCUCAGAUGGUCCUGAAGAUACAAUUUGCCUGUUUCAAAUAAACAUAGAGUGAGUGAAAAAGUUGUAUGUAAGUUUUCAUGACAACCUGUGUUUACUUUAAAGGUAAAAUUUUAUUGUCUGGUCUUGGCACUAGUAAAAUACUUUGAAGGCCUUGAUAGCACUCUAACAGCAAAUGGAGCAUUCACAAUUCCCCUGAUGGGCUGAUUUUAUUAAUAGCACACAUUUGGUGAAAAGCACCUCUGAUGUACCAGCUAGAUUCCAGAUGACAACAUUAGUGCACCUUCAGGUUUUAAUUGGUGCAAAAAAGGGGUGAAUGUGAGGUACCAAUUACUGUCUCAAAGCCUGAGAAUCAAGGACGUUUUUGGCACAAGUCUUGUAAUUCCAGCAUAAAAUUGCACACAGCAUGGAAUAAACAGGGUCUGCAUUAUUUAUCAUGCAUUAGGCAAUUUUCGACUUGUAAAACUGAGUGAGAGAGGUGAAUCUUUGAUACUGGACCUACUGCAAAGUUAAUUAUAAGUAAUAUGUCUGUGUUGCAGAUUUAAGGAUGUACAAGCACUAGUGAAACAUGGUAAUUAAGUACCAGCUUCUAAUCCAGGGAGCAGUCUAAAUAUGGCAAUAAUUGGGUAUUUUAAAGAAAUGUAUUGAAAAGAAGAUGAUUAUCACAUGCUGGAGAAUCUCACCGGUAUUUCUAAUCUUCUAUAAUGAGCUGCACAAAAUUCAGCUAAUCUUUAACUUAAAUUUUCCAGUAAGAGAAGAGCCAUCACUUGGUGGGCUGGAGGCAAAUGCAGGUGACAUUUCUUGCCUUAUUCUAAUAAGCAGUUUUUAUAAAAAGCUGUGAAUGGCAUCACAGUGUCUAAGAACUUAAUAGUGUCAGAAUGUCAUUCAUAGAUAUUAUCUAGUCAUCAUGUCAAGGGAAAAAGAUUCACACUGAUAAGUCUUUUUCACUGAGAUUUGUUUUCAGUGAAGUGAGUACCAAGACUUGGGAAUGGGGUGAGACUUAGCAGCAAGAACUUCAGUUCCUCACAGGGAAGUUGCAUGACACUGCAAAAUGGAGGGAACAGCCAGCCCAAGGCUGGGGCUCGCCAGUGUUCCUGGUGGAUGUGAGCAGUUCAGCACCCUGUGCUUGGCUUUAGUAAAAAGUUACUGAAAGUCUUUUUGCCAGAUCUUCAGACUAUCUUUCACCAUUACGAGUGUAGCAACUGGCUCUUGCUAUAUGAUGUAAACAAGAGUCUGUUUGGGAAAUUUUAGGAAAACAAAAUGUGAGGAAGGUGAGCAUCCCGUGCUUAGUGCAAAGGCUGAAGUACUGUGCUUAUGUUUGUUUUACCAUAUACUCAUUAUCCUCCCUCCUGUAACCUGUUGUAUUGUUCCUGUUCCUCUCUGGUUGCUGAGGCAGUGUGAAUAAAAUCACUCUUCGUGUUUCCUUUCA